UUAUUUCCUGUACCGAGCAGAGCAGAUCUGCGGGACUCGAACGCACUUUAAUGUUCCUGUGCGGGCUUUCCACUGCACACCGCGCCUCCCACCGCUCCCCGAGGGCCCAUGCCGGCCUAGCACGCUUCUUUCGGACAUGAUUGGGGAAUACCUGGACGCGGCUCGACGACUCGGAAACCCAGCGGGCUGCGCGAGCGAGUGAGAGGCAUGGACAGCUCGGUCACCCUGUGGCAGUUCCUGCUCCAGCUCCUGCUGGACUCCAGCCACGAGCAGCUCAUCUGCUGGACCAACCAGGAGGGCGAGUUCAAGCUGCUGCAGGCGGAGGAGGUGGCCCGGCUGUGGGGCGCCCGCAAGAACAAGCCCAACAUGAACUACGACAAGCUCAGCAGGGCGCUCCGAUACUACUACGACAAGAACAUCAUCAAGAAGGUGAACGGGCAGAAGUUCGUCUACCGCUUCGUGUCCUACCCCGACAUCCUGAAGGGAGACGUGUCCGGCCGGCCGGAGGGCGGGGACGCGGCGGGGGCCCCCCCGCCGCCCAAGAGGGGCGACAUCGGUCCACAGGAGGGCGAGUCCGGGGACCGGAGCAAGGCGGGGGGCGGCCCGGCCCCCCCGGGCGGCGGCGCCAAGCAGUCCAGCCGCAACGACUACAUCCACUCCGGCCUCUACACCUCCUUCACCCUCAACUCGCUGCAGAACGGCCGGCAGCUCUUCAAGUCCAUCAAGAUGGAGAAUCCCGGCGAGAAGAUGGCGGAGAGGAGGGGUGGGGGAGGGGGAGGGGGAGGGGGCGGCGCCACGCAGAGCCUGGAGGCGCUGCCGCCGCCGCAGCAGACCCCCCUACCCUCCGUCAUUAAGUUCGUGAACACCCCUCCCAAACUGGCGCCGGCCCCCGCCCCCCCUCCCCCUCCCGCCGCCAUGGAGCUCACGCUGAUGCCGGGCAGCUUCGACCCCCUCCCGGCGCCGCCGCCGCCGCGGCCCGACGACAUGCUGGCGCCGCAGUACGCCUUCGAGCAGCUGCGGCCGUCGGAGCCGCCGUUCGGCCUGCCGGACCUGCCGCCCGCCAGCCCCUCCCCCGGCCCCUCCCCCGGCCUGGCGCUGGACUCUCAGGAGCUGGUGAUCGACAGCGACCUGGAGUCGUCGCAGCCGGCCAACCCGCCGCCGCCGCCGCAGCACGCCCCCGCCCUCCCGUCCGUCCCGCCCUGCCCCGUCCAGCAGGGGGACGGCUGCCGCCUCGGGGACGACGGCGGCCCGGCGGACGCCGAGACCGGCUCGUCCUCGGCGAGCGGCGGCGCCGCCGUCGGCACGCAGAGCUCGGGGAAGAUCCGCAAGCCCCCCAAGGUCCUGCAGCUCAGCCCGCCCGCCCUGCUGGUCACCGGCCCGGACUUCUCCCCCAUGAACCUGUGCAGCCCGUCGCUGCCCACCGCCUCGCUCACGCCCGCCAUGCUCCAGACCCCCACCCUCCUGCUGACCCCCAGCCCUCUGCUGCCCAACAUCCACUUCUGGAGCACGCUCAGCCCGGUGGCCCCGCUCAGCCCGGCCACCCGGCGCCAGGGAGCCCACCUGUUCCAGUUCCCGUCCGUCCUCACCCCGCAGUUCCAGAUCCCCGUGCACAGCAUGGACGGGACCAACACGCCGGGCCCCAUUUCCCCGGACCCCCAGAAGACAUAGGAUCACAACAGCCCCCCCGCCCCCCCAGACUGCCCCCCCCUUACAAAUCGGGGACAGUGAGACGGGAGCGGAGCCGUCGCUCUGGUGCUUAAACGUCCACAGGAUUCACACUACAUCAGCUGUGUGGAGGGAGGGGGGAGGGAGGGGGUCGUCCUGAAGCCCCCGUCCCCCCCGUCCCCCCCGUCCUCCCCGUCCCCCCACACUUGAUCAGACCAGUUCCUGUCCUCAUUCCGCUCUGCGCUCCGUCCUCAAGCGGCCGCCUGCACCUCGACCCGUUUUUAUCCGGAUUUGAUCCAGAACCUGAUUGCCAAGCCUUGCCCCCCCCCCCGCUGCUGCUGCUGGGGGGUGGGGGGGGCUGGGGUCCUCUCCCUCCUGCCUGACCUGUCUUACGAGUGGCCAUAACCCUCCAGUCCAGCCUCAGCUGCCACCUGCAGCGAUGAAGCGCUCUGAAAGCCGCCGCCCUUCCUGCCUUCGUUUGCUAGUUUUCACGUGUGAAUGAAUGAAAGUGAAGCCAUAACCGUCUCUGGUUCCACGCUGCAAGCAACCGAACACUCUGACGAGGUAGUCUCGCUGCCCCCUAGUGGCUGUUUGCGGUAUGACUGACUCCCGGCACACCUCCGAUGUUCCUCCUGGCGGUUCUCACGGCUCGGGGAGGUUUUCUCGGUGCUUGCAGCGUCUGAACGUGGAGACGCUCCAGAUGUUGGAGGCUGGACUCAGUCUGGCCUCGACCUUCACACGGCCUUACCGGUUUAAAACACGGACGAGCCGAAGCAUUCCGGUGACGGGUUCUCUCCGUGGUUCGGCUCGUCCGUCUCUAGAAACCCUCAGACGUUCUGGAGCGUGAGCUCCUCCCCCCCCCCCCCCUCAGCCAUGAGAGGCUCACGCCUGCUCUCCCACCGACUCUAAAGCC